CCAGAACCGCAUCACCAACAUCCCUUCACCACCGACGACCGAUAAAGCACAGUAGCGCGGCAGCUCGACUUGCCAAUCUCUGUCAAAAUGGGUGGCCUACAACACUACCGCAUGGCCAUGGACCCGGCCAUCCAGAAGCUGGGGACCAUGACCACAAACCGACACAAGUACUUCCGCUGGACGCCCAGAACCGCCGGUACAACCAUCGGAUUCCUCGUUGUUGUGCCGUUCAUCGUCGGCGUCAUCGGCUACCAGACGGAUGGAAAAUACAAAUUCCGAGCAAAGAGGAAGGGGGACUUGAUAUCAGAAUACUAGAAGGGGAAGAAAGGGGAAGAUCACCAAACCAUUAUCGCGCAAGACAAGAAGAUACAUCGCUUCCCUUCGUAUAUAAGAGAGCGAAACCCGGCCAAAUCAUUCUCAAUCAGUCUGUACAGUCUACGCAAUAGUAUUGAAUGGAAUAAAGAAAAGGGAUAGUGGCAGUGUCUUAUGCCGUUCUAUUUUGAAAUGAUAAUGAAAGUCAAGGAACUUCCGCCGGGAAUCUCUGUUGAUACAUGCCAUUAUCGCUGUCCUUAGACGGACUCAGUCGAGUCUUACGCCUGAUUCAUUUGUUGAGUGAGAAACCCCAGCUUCCGGCAUAACGAUAAAAAUCCAUAUGGAAAAGGACUUGUAAUCUUUAUCCGAACCAAAUGCUGGGCCUAAUGACCGUACACUCAUGAGACUCUAUAGCUCACGUGGCUGCCCCUAUAUUGGAAAUUUAGGGAGAGAGCCUCUUCUAUAAUCAUCGCAAAACAGUUGCCAUAUAUAGCCGCCUGCUCAUUAGGUAUCCUAUUCUUACUAUGUAGGUACCUACCUACAUGCGGUUUGUCCUGCGCGGGGCUAAAAAUGCAGUGCACAUGUCAGAUAAUGACCCUAUUAACCUAAGAGAUUGUCA